ACAUGUGAAUGCGGAGGUUCCGGGUUCGAGGCUCAGCUUCUACAAUUAAUAUUUUUUUUUUUUCUUCAUAUGUAUAUUUUGCAGUGUCAAGAAAGCAAGAACUUGAUUCUGCAUUGGUGGAUAUGAUUGUAAUGGAUGCACAACCAUUUUCAAUUGUUGAAGACAAAGGCUUCAAGGCUUUUGUCAACCUUUUGGACCCAUCCUACAUAAUUCCUAAUAGGAAGGCCUUGAGGACAAUGGUGGAGGAGAAGUACAAAGCCAAAAAGGAGAAGGCUUUAGAUGUGGUUAGCAGGGCCUCUGCUGUCAGCCUUACAGCAGACAUGUGGACAUCCAUUAACAUGGAUGCUUACUUGGCUGUAACAUGCCAUUUUAUCACCGAGGAGGUGGAGCUGGCCUCUGUGGUCUUGGGGGUUCUGAAGUUUCCCCAAACCCACACUGCAGCUCACUUGGCUGAGGCCAAAAAUCUUCUCAUGGAAGAAUGGGGAAUUAAAGGGAAGGUGACAGGCCUGGUUACAGACUGUGCUCCCAACAUGGUUGCAUGUGCUAAUAUAUUACUGCUUCGGCACAUAAUGUGUUUUGCACAUAUGCUUAAUUUGGUGGUGAAAAAGUCCCUUGCCCAAACCCCUGAACUAGAGGAUAUCCGAAGUAAGGGGCGUAGGAUUGUCGGUCUUUUUAAAUCCAGCACCACAGCGAAGGAGAAGCUGUCAGAGAUGCAGCGACAGCUGGCCAGGCCAGAGCACAAAUUAAUACAAGAGGUGGAAACAAGAUGGAACAGCACAUUUAAUAUGUUGGAAAGGUUGUUUAAGGAGAGAGAGCCACUGGGGGCAGCUCUGGCCACCCUCCAUACAGACCUUCCUCCACUCACCUCAGAGGACUACCAGGCCAUACACCACUGCUUGAGCAUUCUUUCACCGUUUCAAGAGGCCAGAGUUGAGUUUUCGACAGAAAAACGAGUGUCAGCAUCCAAAGUCAUUCCCAUGGUCAAAAUGCUGAAACAUUACAUCUCAAGCAGGUGUGGUCAGAUCACACACCCACUUGGUGAAAAACUGGCCACUAACUUGAAGAACAAUCUCCAUGAGAGGUUUUCAGCUCUGGAGAAGGUCACUGCUCUGUCAAUGGCAACCUUGUCGGACCCAAGGUUUAAAGAGCUGGGGUUCUGCAGCCAAGGCUCUGCCCACACGGCCAUAGAGCGACUCACUAAAGAGUGUGCUGCAACAAUGCAGGCGCUACUUCCAGAGGCACAGCCACAGUCGCCACCUAGAGAAGGUCCUUCAAGUCAGCAGGAAGAUGGUGGUCUCUGGGCCCUGCUGGACAGGCAUGUGGGGGUUCAACAGCAGGUGACCAGCACAACUGCCAGUGCAACAGUGGAGGUUCAGAGGUACUUAAAGGAACCUCACAUCCCAAGGACUCAGGACCCACUGAGAUACUGGGUUACCCACAAGGUUUUAUACCCACAUCUCUACAAGCUGGCAAUGAAGUUUUUAUGCACACCAGCUUCAUCUGUGCCUUGUGAGAGGAUCUUCUCCAAGGCUGGCGAAAUCGUCAGCCAAAGACGAAACAGGCUGAAGCCCAGCACAGUGGAGAAAAUUCUGUUUUUAAAUAAAAAUCUAUAACAUGUA